AUGGCCAAACGCUCUUCCGCGGUGUCCGCGGACACUUCCAAGGUACCCAUUUCCUCUUCAAUCCACAAUGAUCUCCACGAAGAUGAAAGCCUAGCUACCGAUACCAAUCUUAAAGCCAGCGGCUCGUCCAUAUCGUUCAUCGAACCUCCUGGUGGGCCUCCCAAUGGCGCGCAAGAAGCUGACGACACUUCCGGAUCGCCCGCCAAGAAGAGGAGAAAGAAAGCCGUCUGUGAGAUCGUUUCCCGUGCGAUCCUGCUUCCGUAGGCUACUGCUGACGUUCGUACCACUCAACCGGUUUGGUUUUCACGUUGGUCUGCAUCGCAAUGAUGGCGCAAAUGUCCAGCUUGCGUUGCCUGCAGGUGCGUGUAUGCCAUUUCAUUUCGGGCGCGUGUCCCACACUGCGGUGGCUGACCCACCGACGCCUCUUCUUGCUUUCGAUCACAGACGAAGAAAGCUCAAAUGCGAUCGUGGCAUGCCAUGUGGUGCUUGCCGGGACCGUGGUGAGGCAGCCACGUGCGAGUGGGAGUCUGGUACGCAACCGCACGUCAUGAUGGGGACACGCGACACGGCGACAACGGCGCCCUUGGAAGCGCGCAUGGAUCGAAUGGAGACGCUCAUGGCUGCAAUAGGAUCGCGUCUGGGUGUCAAUACCGAAAACGCUUUUCCGGAAGGCAGCACGGUCAAUCAAGACGCUAUCGAAACGCUCAGAACAUUUGGAGGAAACGCUUCGCCCGUCGCUUCUCGAUCAAAUUCUCGCGAGUCGAUGGACCCGGCGCUUGCGCUACUCUGGAAGCCAGCGUCCAUCAUUAGCUGGCCACCCAUCUCUCCUCGACCUCCAAAGACCGACACGCUGGCAGCAGCUUUGACGGCUCUCCCAGACAAGUCCACCCUGGAGGAAAUGGGAAACAUGUAUUUCGACACGGCUUCAUGGUCGCACUGGGUGCUUCCAACCGAAGUCUUUUGGCAAGAAGCAUUACCUACCGUGGAGAACCUCCGGGACGCACGUGACAGAGGCGAUGCUGCGUGGGCGGAGGUUGCGAACAGCGAGCAAAUGAAUCAUUAUCUGCGAAAUUUGGCUCUCGUCCUAGGUGUAUGUGGUCAUGCAAUGCUGUACAGCCCUCCUUCUUUCUUCGCUCAAGUUGCACAGCGCACAGCGCACACGGCAGCGCCUCGUCACUGCAUCCUUGUAGAAGUUGCACAAGCCGUUUUAGACGCAUCCGAGCAGCUCGAAAAGGUGCAUAUUGUGGGGCUACAAGCGGGUCUGGUUCUUCUCACUGCGGAGACCCUGCUGAAGGGCAUGAGCGGUAGGCUCACGGUGCUCCACUUCGCACCGCUCAUCCAUCAAGCUUUUGCCCUUGGACUGGAUCAAGAACCGUCCAUUCAGACGCCAGUGGCGGAGGCGCAAAGCCGCUUGAGGCUGUUCUUGCUCCUUUGCUUUUGGGAGUGGGGCAACUUGCACACCAAGGUGCGGAACCUCAAUGAACAACCACGCAAACACCCAUAUCUUUUUGGACCACCUGGCUCCUCGCCCUGGCACGAUUAUGUACGAAGAAAUGGCGAGUUGCUUCUUCCUCACGAGAUCCGCUGGCUCGCAUUUGCGCGGAUUGUCAACAGGAAACGGCAACUGGAUGACAUGUCAGAGGCGGACGCUCUGGCUCUCACGAUCGAGCUUGGGAUGGACCUGAAUAAGUUGCGUUCGGAAGUUGAGAGAGAAGUGACUUCGGAGUCCUUUAGCAAGGAUGCGAUCAUCUCGUUCAGCCCUGCGAUCCAGCGUCUUCGAAAUUUUGAGAACCAUCUUGACAGGCAUGUCGUCGCCCUCUUCAAGCCUUAUUACACGAAUAUGUGGCUACUCGCUAGUCACAGGACGGCGAGGGAUACCUGCUUCGAGGCUGCCAAGAGAAUCAUUGAUGGAUUCACAUCGACUCUGAGCCAGGCGAUGCCUGGAAUCGUUGACAGCGCUAUACAGGAGAGCAUCGAAAAGAUGCAGGCACUCUUCGAGUACAAGCGCGAAGUGGCGACCCGUCUGGUCUGGACGAUUGAAGCAACCCUAGAGGCUAUCAAUCUCCUAGAGCUGCACGCACAGCAAGGUGAGUCGUCAAAAAUCAGCAUAGUGUGCUGAAUGUCAGAACGUGUUGCUGAGGCUCCACGUCCCAAUGACAGUCGAUCUGCACGCUGCCAAAGUCGGCGCGGAUGGCACCAUGCAGAGACAGCAAGCUAUGAGAAAGUGCGCUGUGACGAAGCGACUGCUUGUUGCCCUUUCAUUGAGGUCAUUGCCCGCACGCUCCGUGGUUAGCAAGCUCCAGCAGUCUGUGCUCGCGCGCGCUGAGCCGGGCUUGGCGGCUACUCAGGCGAGUCUCGCCACGGCUACACCAGCCGCAGGCAGCUCUAGACGAGCAAAGAGAGCCCGUGCUGGCUCGAUAGUGGGCGCGAAUAGCUCUCAAGAACCGCAAAGGACAGCCUUAGACACCUCCAGCCCUGCACAGGGCGCUGCGCCCCUCGAGCUGCUGGCAGGCGUCUCGUCUCGGGCUGCAAGGAACGGCCAUGACAGGGAAAACGGGCUUUCGAUGCAAAGUGAAUCUGACCCAUACAACCGGCAAGAAUCGGAUGCGGUGACAAGUUCCUCUCGACCAGAGGUGAAGGGCGCAACAGCAAACGUCUUUGAGCAACCGCAGCGUCAGCUACAAGCUCAAGGUGAAACUCCUCUGAUACAACCUGACGGCGAGGUUAGCGCUUUGGACAAUUUGGACAUCGAUGCUCUCUUCCGUUUGGUGUUUGGCGACAUGAGCUCGACACCUGCAGGCGCACGCGUACCAGUAGACCUCUUCGAGGCUGGUCCGCCCGAGAGCGUGAUGCACACCUUGAUGCAGCCCCAGCAGCCUUCAGACCCACACUCCCACGCACACCAAUCGCUUCAGUCUCACGCAGGUCUGCCCGUUCAUCAUGCAGAGCAAUCGCACACAGCUCACGGAUCGCAGACGACGUACGGCUUUCCAGGCUCAGCUCUAAGCGCAGACUCUUCGCACGCAUCUUAUCAGUCUUUUCCCUCCUACCCUGCUAGUAGCUUAGCCAGGCAAUAUCCCUCUGCCAGCAUCGCUGCUACACAAGCUCAUUCGCGUCAAUCGACCAGAAGCUCAGAGCUGUCUCCUCCUGCUCCUUGGACCUUCGUCGCCGAGCCAAGGCGGUGA